CUUCAAUCGGCAACCCACAUCUCCAGUCCCUCGCUUUGCCUGACAAUUGUUUUCAAUAUUGUACAAGCCACAUACCCCGAGGGUGACCGCCAUUGGGUGGACUGCAUUCCACUUGCCCUAACCUAGCAGAGUCUGCCAAGGUCUGCCGGGGUUACAUGUAGUCCCGCAGCAUGACUUGUCGCUGAGGUGGCAUGGGAUGUUUGUAGCCAAUUGUGAAUUGCCUGCUGUGGAACACCCCGUAUAUCUUCUUCGACAGCCCCCGCGACGAUAUUCUGUCUGUGGCUCAGGCCAUAUUCAGAGGAUUGAGGUUACCUUCACGCUUGUUGACCGCUCCUCAAAGUCGGACACAGAAGGGACUGGGGCCACCAUGGACUCAGCGACGGGGCAACCGUUCGUAUAUCUACCGGAUCGUCGUCACUGGGAGGACGAAUGACGACGCACAAUCGAGUUUCCUCCAUUGCUCGAACUUUGAACAUCGAACCAAACACAGUCCCCAGUCAUGAAUUCUCCAACCAACAAGGCGCAAUCACCUGAACCUGAGGCAAGGUCGCCGAACAGAAAGGAGAGAUUGCCUACUCCUGGUCCCGCGAAUGAAUCCUCAGAGCCCUCGGAGCCCGUUGGCCUCUUGGCUGGCUCACAUUGGGCGGAACAGGAACACCCGGUGGAUGAUGAUGCCGACUCAGCGCUGGGUGGCGAGGUCGCGAGUUCAACAGCCUCACUCAGCUCCAGCAUCCUGAAAUAUCGGACGAUUCAGGGCCGUACGUACCACAGCGAUGCUGUAACUGAUCAAGAAUAUUGGGGUCCAAAUGAUGAGAUCGCCAAUGAGAUGCUGGAUAUUUUCCACCAUUUCAUGACUCUGUUCUUGGACGGAAAGCUGUACACGGCUCCCCUCAAAGAUAACAUUCAGAAUGCACUUGAUGUCUGCACUGGUACCGGACUCUGGGCAAUUGACUUUGCCGAUGAAUAUCCCAAUUGUAAUGUAUACGGCACCGACAUUUCACCAAUCCAACCCAAUUGGGUGCCCCCCAACCUCCGGUUCGACAUCGAGGACGUAACCAAACCCUGGACCUACCAGGAAAACUUGUUCGAUUACGUCCACAUUCGCUGGCUUACCGCCGUAGUCAAAGACUGGCCCGCUCUCUACAGGGAAGUAUAUAAGUGUAUGAAACCAGGUGGCUGGCUCGAGCACAUCGACGCCGAGGUCAACCUGGUCUGUCUUGAUGACACCAUGCCUCCCGACACCGCCAUGUACCAAUGGGGCGAAAUCUGGUCUGAGAUUGGGAGAAAGACGGGCCUGGUAGUGAAUAUGGUGGAUUCGGGCUGCAUGGACGCUGGGAUUAAGGAAGCUGGCUUUACUAACAUCGAGGUGGAGGACCUCCUGGCCCCUGUCUCGCCGUGGCCUGCGGAUAAAAGGCAAAAGGAAAUCGGCCUUUUCAACAGCGCGUUUCUAACGCAGGAUAUCGAGGGCUUUUUGACGUAUUUCUGCCCGACAGUGUUGGGGUGGACGGUGAAUGAGACGUUGAUUUAUGCUGCUAUUUUGCGGAGGGAGUAUAAGGAGCGUAAGGUACACGCAAACUUCAAGUGGCGCUUAGUUCGGGCCCAGAAGCCACUGGAUGGUUGAAGAGAUGAAGACAAUUUGCAAGGGUUGAACUAAACGCUGUUGUCGAGAGCCUUACCUCAUGUAUAGUUCCAUGUUUACUCUCUCCGGGGAAAGCGUCCAGACGGACGUGAAGACGCGGAUGUUUUCCUUUUCUUGAACAGGAUCUGCAUACGUCGACGGUCCCUGAAUCUCACCCCCCCCUCCCCCCUUCCCCGUCCUUCGCUUGACGAACGAGGUCCACCAUUCAUUGCUUCUUCAGCCUUAGCCGCUGUGCCACUUACACGGCACACGUGUAGAUUACGUACAUACCUACUACUACCUUCGGUACCGUAUUCUAGAAUACCUCUACUCAAUUGACAUCCACUUAGAAGCCA